AUGGCGGACGCGCUGAGCAUCGGCGUGAACCUGGAGGCCUUCUCCCAGGCCAUCAAUGCCAUCCAGGCGCUGCGUUCCAGCGUGAGCAGGGUGUUCGACUGCCUGAAGGAUGGCAUGCGCAACAAGGAGACGCUGGAGGGCCGGGAGAAGGCCUUCAUCGCGCACUUCCAGGACAACCUGCACUCGGUCAACCGGGACCUCAACGAGCUGGAACGUCUGAGCAACCUGGUGGGCAAGCCGUCCGAGAACCACCCGCUCCACAACAGUGGCCUGCUGAGCCUGGACCCCGUGCAGGACAAGACGCCGCUCUACAGCCAGCUGCUGCAGGCCUACAAGUGGUCCAACAAGUUGCAGUACCACGCAGGCCUGGCAUCCGGCCUCCUGAACCAACAGUCGCUGAAACGCUCUGCCAACCAGAUGGGGGUGUCCGCGAAGCGCCGGCCCAAGGCGCAGCCCACCACGCUCGUCCUGCCGCCUCAGUAUGUCGAUGACGUCAUCAGCCGCAUUGACAGGAUGUUUCCUGAAAUGUCCAUCCAGUUAUCCAGACCCAAUGGAACGUCAGCGAUGCUUCUGGUGACCUUGGGAAAGGUGCUGAAGGUGAUCGUGGUCAUGCGGAGCCUCUUCAUCGACCGGACGAUCGUGAAGGGCUACAGCGAGAACGUCUACACGGAAGACGGCAAGCUAGAUAUAUGGUCCAAGUCCAACUACCAGGUGUUCCAGAAGGUGACAGACCACGCCACCACCGCCCUGCUGCACUACCAGCUGCCCCAGAUGCCCGACGUCGUGGUCCGCUCCUUCAUGACCUGGCUGAGAAGUUACAUAAAGCUGUUCCAGGCGCCGUGCCAGCGCUGCGGGAGGUUCCUGCAGGACGGCCUGCCCCCCACCUGGAGGGACUUUCGCACCCUCGAAGCCUUCCAUGACACCUGCCGGCAGUGA